ACAGAAAAUUCACAGAAAUCCUCCUUCGGAAUUCGCUUUCUUACGGAAUUCGAAACAUUUAAUUGAAGGAAUAAUAUUUUUGCAGUUUGUGCUGCAUUUCCAUACACGUAUAAAGCUUAAAUGAGUCAAACCUAAAUAGAAGACAGUUUCUUUUAUAUAAAAUGCAUUUUAUACCAUUUUUGUAGCACAGAUUUCAGCGCAAGUCGAAAAUUAACACCAAUUUAAUUACACACCCAAUCCAUUCAGUAGGUGCCGCAGCUGUGGCGAUAUUCGUGCAACUAUCGCAUGGGUUUGCCAUCUCCCAAAAAGGCAAAAAGUAAUUUAUGUAGGUAGGUAGCGAAUUCUCCGCCCGUUUGGUAAACCACCCCUAAACGGAUUUUCGGACCGUGCCUGCUGUUUUUGGGUAGAGCAGAGCGCAGGCGAUCAUCUGGCCAUGGCAACGUCGUAAUUUCAGUUUUGAAAAUGCCCUGAGCCCGUGCAGAAGAGCGCAACAAUGACGACGACAACAGCAACGGAAACAGCAACCACACCCACACCCACACCUGGCUCUGCCUCCCUGAUGCAGCUGAACGAUGAUGUCCUGGCCCUAAUCAUAUGGCACCUGAAUGUCUACCAACAAUACGAGCUGGGUAGGCUGCAUCGUCGCCUGGAGAACAUCGUGCAAAUGCUGUGGCGGACACGAGUGAGGAAUGUGGCGCUGCACGAUGAUAUGUUCAAGCCCUCCAGCCCCAAUGCGCGUCAGUUCCUGUCGUUUGUGCUGAAGCUGGCACCGCAUAUGCAGCGUUUGAGCUGCCAGCAGCUGGAUGUGAGGCGACUUCGCCUGUUGAGCAGCCACACACUGUCCGGGGUGACCAGCCUGGAGUGGCUGGGCGAUGGCCAUCGCCGUGGUCGCGCCCGCUUUGUGGACGAGGAUGUGCGCCUGUUGCGGCGUGUGUUCCCCUCGCUGCGAAAACUCAAACUUCGUGGAUGCCAAAUAACUGGAAAGUAUCUGUGCGACUUGGAGCUGCUCAAUGAGCUGUGCCUGGACGACUGCCAGUACCUGGAGUCGCAGCACUUUCGGGAUCUCUUUCGACAGCUGAAAUUACGCAAAUUUGACAUUAUGGAGGACUGCGAUGAGGUCAACUGCUGCGAUCUGGUCGAUCUGCAGCUGUGCCCCACGCUGGAGCACAUCAAAAUUGCCGACUACCACCUGUGCAUGGAGUCGGACAUUACGCAGCAGCUGUUGCAGCUGCCAUGCCUCAACAAGCUCUCCAUCUACUCCAAGAACUUUGUCUUCGAUGUGCUGUCGCGCAUAGCGCGUCCCAGCUAUCCCACGGGCGGAUCCCGGCUAAUCGAGGGCUUCCGCUUCAGCGGCAUACUGCACGACUACGAGCGCUUCUUCAGGGAGCUCGCCAAUCUGCGCAAUCUAAGGAGAUUGGAGCUGCACGGCCACGGUGGAGAAGAGGAGGGCCAGCUGCAGUGCCUCGGCGACCAAAUGCUGCGUCAGCUCUCCACCACACUACCAGAGCUCACAGAACUGCACCUGUGCGGCUACCAGCUGGAGAGUCCCUUGGCUCUGCUUGGAUUUGUCACCCACUGUCGCCAGCUGCGUAUCCUGGACAUCACCCGCACGCGCUGCCAUGGCGAUGCGUUUGUCUGGAGCUGUCUGGCCAUUGUCAGCAAACAGCGUUGGCGCGCCCAGCCCCUGGAGCUGUGGAUACGCAAGAGUGAUAUUAAAACCGAAAUUAUGGAGAGUCCCCGUCUACUGGACAAUGAGAAACACAUCAAAAUCGAUUGCAAACAGCUACCAAAUAGCCUGGAUCACACUGCUGGGGUGCUCAAGUUCAGCUUUGCGAGAUGAUCCCCACCAACCCCAACCCCAUCAACCCCAACCAUUAGCGGCGAUCAUUCAUUGUUGUGCCUAACCCUGUGCCCAAGGUGUGUGUGUGUGUGUGUGCGUGUGUGUGUGUUGAUAAGGCGACAAUUGAUUCAAGACUGAAAUAAUUGCGAAAUGUGUAACGUAUGUGUUUGCCUGAUACCCUGCAAGAGUCAGGUAUUAGUCCCAGAGAUCGAUUAAGACGUUUUAAACUGAACUUUAAUCAUGCUUGUCUUUUGUGUUUGUCAUCCAUAAAUAUUCCAUAUAUACAAUAAAUAAAUAAAUAAACUACUCUAACAACUACAUCAGGGUUCGGCACAGCCCUAUCUAUUGGGUAUAGGAAAAGAGGCUGCUGUGUAUUAUAGGCUGUUUACACUGGGGCUGCGUCAUGCUUCUGUGCGUCUUGCCG